AUGGCAGAGAGUGGAAGUAAUGAGGACAGAAAACACGAGGAUAAAGGAAGAAGAGGUGCCAGGCCUCUUCAGGAGCCCCACAGCCCGGCUCUUGGCUUCUCCCCAGUCGGCGCCUGCUCCCUUGGGACCAAGAGGCAUCUCCCUCGAGGGAUUGUGAUCCAGCUGACUGGGACAGAGGGAGAAUGGGACAGUCUGGAUGACAGUGAGCUCAUUUUCUCCCUUGACCACGAUGACGACAACCCCUCUAUAUCUCUCCCCAAGGAGAGGCAGCUUUCUGUUGAGGAUGACAGAGGGUUGCAGUCCCAAGCUUUCCAUGUCCCUCUUUCUCCCUCGUCCCCGGGCUCUCUGGGCAACUGCUCCACAACUGGGCCCAGCUUCCUCUCACCAGGCCCUUCUUCACCCACCCACCGACCACUUGCGAGCCUGGUCAAGUCUCUCUCCACAGAGAUGGAGCUCAAAGAAGGCUCCACUCUCAGACCUAAGCCCCUUCUCAGCCUCGUAAAGUCGAUCUCCACGGAGAUUUCUCGCUCAGAGCCCGAGGUGUCGCAGUCAAAAUCAGACUCCCGCCUCAACCUCCACCUGUGGAAGCAGCUUACCCAACCAAAAGGCCGCAGCAAUGGGGACUCUCGCACUGCGCCCCCUUCUCCUAGCGCACUCUCCCCUAGUGGAGAGGGUCUGAAAGGGGGCUUCUUCAAAAUGGAGUUAGAGGACACCAAGAGGAAGCUCUCGGAGGCUGUGCACGAGCCUCUGAGCAGCAUGUUCAGUAAGAUCAUGAGAGAGGAGAGCACAGGCAGCCCCAAAAACCAGGGUAAGACCCAAGGGGCUCAUCCUCUGGUAGGCUCCAGAGGUUUGGGGCGUGAAGGUAGCACAGACACAGUUCUUUCUGAGUCUCCUGUGAGGAACACUAGAAAAACAGAUGCUGAUAUUUUGCCUGUGUUUGACUGGCCGUCUGUUAGACAUCCUGAACGACGCCAACGUAGCCUCUGCCCCGUGCAUCACCACAGAACACAUCACAAGGAUGAGGAGCUGGAAAUAUGUACAGACGGUGACAUAAUGCAAGUAUUAGCCAUUGAGACUCGUGGGCAGGCGAGGAGAACACCUGCUGGACCUCAAGUCCUUGCAGAUUCCCUGGUUAGGACUUCUCCUCUUUCUCAGCGCCCUCAUCCUCUGCCACGUAUGAGUUUAUUCUGUGUGGCAGUGCUGUCCUAUGGCUAUUUCACCCUACCUCUCAGUCCAUACUUGUCUGGCCUGGCUCUGGGAUUAGCAUCGGGCUUCUUGCUAGGAUUGUUCCUCAUUAGGAUGGGUUCCUCUGGUUCUCCCUGCUCAGAUCCUCCAAACAGACCAGCACAGACUCUGUUGGGAGAGAGUAUUCUGACAGAUGGCACUGUGACCACUGAGCCUGACAUCCUCAAGGGCUGGAUGAAUGAGAUACAUGAUUAUGACCCAGAAAUCUACCACCCAGCUAUGACUCACUCUGUGUUUGCUACCCUGGAGGGCACCUGUCUCCGCCUGGACUCGCCGCGUACCAACAUUAGCCGGAGGGCCACAUACGAUGAGAGAGUUCUUGAGGCCACGUUUGUCAAGUCACGCUCCUUUCAGCUUGCAAAGAGCAAAGUAUUCCUGCUGCCAUCUGUGUUGGCUCGGAAGAGGGUGUGGAACCCAAAGUAUCCCAUCUGCAUCCAACUGGCAGGGAGCACAAACUCUCAGGGGGAUGAGGGAGGAAGGUUUGAGGAGAGUCAGGAAGAGGAGCCAGCUGAACCGGGGAGUCCAGAAAAAAGUUCCUCCAAACACGUCCCGGAGCUUCCCACCACUCUUUACCUCUUCGGCCGCACAGGACGAGAGAAAGAAGAGUGGUUUCGUCACUUCCUGUUUGCAUCCAUGGAUGCAGAGAAUGACCCGGAGAGGGACAGACAGAGGCCUGGCAGAUGUGUGUCCAGAUCUGGUAUGAGAAAUGUUGAUAAUGCAUUAGAGAAGAGAUGGCUUCCAGAUAACAGCAGAGUGGGCAGCAGAGUGGGCAGCAGAGUGGGCAGCAGCGACGACGAUGCCACCUCCACAACUCAGUUCCCCAGCAUCCCUGCUGCUCAUGUCAGUCAGACCUCCAGUAGCACCAGGGGCCUUUCACUGCUAGACUACCCCGGCUACAUGGCUCGUCUCCUGGCCACAGAGGAGUUGACCCCUCUCUCCAGUACUGGAGCCAGCAGCACAGAGACAAGCCCCACAAUAAAAAGAAAUGUACAGUGUACUUGUGAUCUAGCAGAGCACCCUGGGACGAGCCAGACUGCAUGGGCUAACGUUCUGAUUGGUCGAAUCUUCUGGGACUUCCUGCGAGAGAAGCACUGGGCCGAUGUGGUUUCCCAUAAGAUCCAGAAGAAACUGAGCAAAAUCAGGCUGCCUUACUUUAUGAAUGAGCUGACUCUGACUGAGUUGGAUAUGGGCUGCUCUAUGCCACAAAUAACUACUACCUCCAGACCAGAGGUCAACCACAGAGGACUGUGGGUGGAGCUGCAGCUGGUCUAUACUGGUGCCCUGCAGAUGACACUUCAGACCAAGUUCAACCUGUCCAAACUGGGUAAAGAGGGCGGCCAGGAUACAGACUGUACGACGGAAACUGGUAGCCCACGCUGCAGACCCAUCUUCAGCGUGUUGGCGGACAGCGAUGAGGAGUCCUCCAGUGCUGGUUCAUCUGAUGAGGAAGAGUUGCUUCUCUCUGAGCCUCAGGGUCCAGUUGGGGAGAAGGGAUCCACAUCAGCUAAUGAUGGGACAGGGGGUGGAAAGACUGGGAGGAAGAUUUUGAGGUUUGUGGACAAAAUCGCUAAGUCCAAGUAUUUCCAGAAGGCGACGGAGAACGAGUUCAUUAAGAAGAAGUUUGAGGAGAUGUCCAACACGCCCCUGCUGCUCACUGUGGAGGUUCAAGAGCUGUCAGGGACUCUGGUCGUCAACAUCCCACCACCCCCUACAGACAGAAUAUGGUACAGCUUCUGUGUGCCUCCCAAGUUGGAUCUGCAUGUCCGUCCCAAACUAGGGGAGAGAGAGGUGACUUUUUGUCAUGUGACCGAGUGGAUUGAAAAGAAACUGCAGGAUGAGUUCCAGAAAGUGUUUGUACUUCCAAACAUGGAUGACAUCUACUUACCCCUGAUGCACUCUGGGGUGGACACCCCUCAAGCAUCGCACCAUCUGUCCUCUCAGUCUCAGUCCCAGCAGUCCCAAAGCUCCUCCACAGAGUCCAUUGAAAGGAUCCCACCAAAGAUCUCUGGGGCAAAAAAUAACUAGUGCCUCCCUGUUGAUGAUCAAAGGAGAGAUGACCCUGCAAAAUGGAUUUAUUAUAAUUUUAUGUUCACAGUGAGAGACGGGGAAGAAGCAGAGGACUGAGACUCACCAAGCACAACAUAAAGUGACAUUUGCCUCUAUAGACUUCGGUACCUCUUAGACAGGCUUACUAAUCUUUGCGUUUGUGUCUGAACCAAGAGUUUCUAAAGGUCUGAUGUUUAGCGCUGUACGUGUAGGUGUGAUGGAGAGUCUGUGGGUUUUUUGUACCAUUUAAAAGAGAAUAACUUAACAAAAUGCUGUAGUACAGAUUACUGCAAACAUUGACAAGUGAUACCUUUUGCAA